CCGACGUCGGCAGCUAGGAAAAACAGUUAGCUUAGCUUACCUCAAUAGAUGGUGGGGAACGAGGACCAUCGUCGCGUUGCUGUGCGAAAUAAUAAAAUCCUGCCAGUAUUCAUGAGUUUCCUUACAUCAUUCGUCAAAUAGUGUCCCCGUUAAAACCUUUAACAACACAAAAGCGUCGACUUCAUCGACUUUGGUGCAUUAAAUGGAGGAGAAGAAGGAAGACGGCGACUCGGAGAUACAGGAACACGGACCCGAGCACUGGUUCUCAAAAUGGGAGCGGCAGUGUUUGGCCGAAGCGGAGCAAAGGGAACCGAGCGAGGAGGAGGCCGACAACGACCAGGAUAAACUGUGGCACCUUUUCCAAAACUGUGCCACUGCUGUGGCUCAGCUAUACAAAGAUAGAGUAUGUCACCAGCAGGGCCUGUCACUGUGGGUGCCAUUUCAGAACUCUGCCACAGCAGUCACCAACCUCUACAAAGAGAGCGUGGAGGCCCAUCAAAAGAGCUUCGACCGGGGCAUCCAGAUAGGACACCAACGACGCAAUAAGGACAUGUUGGCCUGGGUGAAAAAGCGCCGGAGAACCAUCCGAAGGGAGGAUCUUAUCAGCUUUCUCUGCGGCAAAGCACCACCACACAGGAGUAGCAGGGCCAACACCCGGCUGGCCAUGGUGGCCCCCAGCCGGGCCAACUCACCCGCCGAGACUGGGUCCUCUGUGGAAGCAGACCUCCAGCCCUUCAGGGAGGCCAUAGCUCUGCACGGUCUGAGCGGAGCCAUGGCGAGCAUCAGUGUGCGCUCCGGCGCUCCAGGGUCUCCGACACACGUGAGCGGGAGCAGCAGUAACGGAGGCGCCGCGGGCGGAGGCGGCUCCUCCGGCUCGGGGCCGGUGUGCCGCAGCAGGCGUAACGGGCUCCAAGACGUUGACCUGAACACUUUCAUCUCAGAGGAAAUGGCCCUGCAUCUAGACUCUACAGGCUCCGCCUCCUCUGGAGGGGGAGGAACCAGGAAACGAAACUCCACCCAGUGUAGUGAUGUCAUCACAGACUCCCCUACGCACAAACGCAACAGGAUGAUCUGAUCUGCUGCCUGCCUAUGUGUGUGAGGGGGUGGGGGGGGGGCCUUGGAAGCCGAGGCUAGAGACGGGGGAUGGACGGGCUUACGUGGGACAGACGCACGGACAGACAGAGGGAUGACUGACGGUGCACAAAAACCCCCCCGCUGAAAACGAAAACAGGGACUGAAGUUCGCUCACUUGAGAUGUUGAACGAGUUCUGUUCCUUGUCUCCUUUCCCGAAAUUAUUUCUACAAAUCACUGACCUGCAAUCAGAACACUCAAAGAGUGUGUGUGUGUGUGCGUGUGUUUGUUUGGAGGAGAUGGGGAUGCGAGUCCUGCAUCGCCUCCCUGGAAAGGAAACAACGAAGGGAGUCCCAACUCAUUCUUGGAUGCUUCAGUUCUCAAACGGGGAGGACACGCGGUGCUUCUGCGUGACGAGCUAAAGCCACUUGAUUCCUGACACAUUAGUGCUCUUCCCUCUCUGACCUUAACCCCUCCAUCCUCACCCACCACCUUAACCAGGAAGUGAGGGCCAUGAUCAAAUCGUCUCACUCAAGAGAAUCAAGUUGCUCGCCAAAUAUUGAUUCCCACUCUGUCGGAGAACCACGAACCUCUUCUUUCUGUUACGUUGUCGUUGCAGCUUUCAGUGGGCGGAGCUAAACUGUCCAGAUGGAGAACUUCUGUGACAUCAUCCUGCCACAUGUACCCAGUUACAGCACCCUGGCUACUUAGUUAAAGGCGUGUAAUGUUUGGACGUUUUUUGCUUCCUGUUCUGCUUCGACAGUGGCUCCUUUAGUUCAUCCACUCAUCUUUUGUCGCCCUCUUUAGUUUUCAGCCACCAGUGUUAAAUUCUAGCUUUGUUGCCACGGCUCGUUUCCGCAGUGAUAGCCAAGUUAACUCUGCGUUUUCUCUCCAUCUCCUUUUCUUUUCGUCGUUGUUGUUUUUCUUGAGGAUAAUGGAAAGGAAUUAUGUUUUGUUUUUUUUGUGCACACAGCUUCACAGACAGCUGUCUCCUGACUGCGACGCCCUGAUCCUCCUUCACCCUCAUCUUAUUAUGAAAGCAGCUGCUGUUGUAUGUGAUCUUGUGAUUAUGCUGAUGAGUUGCAAUAAGGAUUUUUUGCACUUAGCUUUCACCUCUAACUCAUGCAAAUGAAAUCGGCUCUUCCAUUGUACCCCAGUUGUAGCCCUAGAGAUGCCUGCUUGUGGUCGGUCCACGCAUUACGUACCAGUCGGUGCUUAGAAGACGACAAGAUGGAGCUCUCUCUCUCACACACACACACACACACACCUCUGGUUUCCAAAAAUAUCCUUCAGAGUAUUAAAUCAAGUUGUCUCUGCAUGUGGACCCGUCUUCUGUCUAGCAGAAGAUUUAACUUAUGAGGAGAUAUCGGUGCUGUAAAGAAAGCAUGAGUCUAAGAAAUGUUCUACGUAGAACCACCAAACUGUGAGAGCCAGAGCAGAGAAGGUGCCCAACGUUAGACCUGACUGUCGGACCGGGUGUGUGGACACUGUCUGCUCUUUGUAAAGGGAUGUGUGCAUUAAUAAGACGAGGAUGGGGUGGAUUUAACGUGGUACAGGAUGACGCAACCAGCAGCUUGUUGCCCAUCCUUCAGUGAGGGACCGGAGGAGGAGACACGACGCCCCACAAGUCAGAGCUUUAAUACUGAGGAGUAGAUCUAAGCUUGUUCUUUGGAAUAUGCCUUUAUUCUUUGGGCUGCCAUGACCAAAAGUUCUGAAGUCGACUCUUUGUAUUUGUUUAUUUAGUUAUAGACUUCAGGGCGUGCAAACAGACAAAUUAAAGCUCCUGUAAGGAACUUUUGUCUGCUUUAGAACCAAAAUGAAAUUCACUCUGUUGUGACUCCACCAUCUACAAACGCAAACAGGAACACCAGGAAGUAGAUCAAGUGUUUCUAUAUUAAAUAUUUUAAAGCCUGGACCUCCUGUAAGAGGGUCGGGGUCACACAGGAUCCUGUAUUUACUUAAGAUUCACAGUGUGUGAAAAGUUUGACUGUUAAUGAAAGCAGGAGGAGCUUAAUCAUCAACUUUGGGUCGCCAAACCCAAAACAAACAGAGUUACCUACAGGAGCUUUAAACUGUGGCUGUGACCCUUUCAAAAUAAAAGCUUGACAAUGAGCAGAAACACGUCUGUGUCAGAGACAGCUGCUUUCUCUAGACUGAUGAGUCAUGAGACAGCGUGGUCGUUUUCUCAGACUGUCCAGGUUUUCUGGACGCUGAAACGGCGACGGCAGGACCCACAGACGGCGUUGAUUGACUGUCGUGUGUCUCACAGAUGGAUCCAGAGCGACUCCCUGAAACACGCUUUUCUUAAUGAGGAACAUUUGGUCGACUCUCAGAAGGCGGUCUGUUUAUUUAGCAUUUCACUCAGAUGAGCUCUGAGACGAUGACACAGGACGCUGUGGCUCAAACUCCUGACCUGUGACAUGUCGACGUCUCCUCCUCGUCUCUCUCUCUUCUUCGCCUCCCUCUCCACCGUGACAACUUCAACAGAGGGCUUUUUCUUUUUGUUAAUACAAAGCAUGCCAGUUCUUCUUCUGUUACACUUUGGUCACAGAUUUCACUUUUGUUAUUUUGUUGCAUUUAUCGGUUGGCUUUUCUAUUCAGACACGAACCGGGCUGAGGUUUAACGAUUCAGUCAGAACGAAUGAAGAACCUUGAGUUUUGGAUUUUUUUUUCUUUUCUACAAGUGAAACCACUGAAUUAGACUGUUGAACAUAUAUGUAAUAUAUAGGAAACAAAUGUGAGAUUUGCCUAAUGAGAGUCCUGUGAAGGAGUGCCAAUGAUUCAUUCAGAGCGUAGAAACCUGGUUUGAGGAUUCUCCAUGUUUUGGGAGUUCUGUCGGUCUUCAGCGCUCGCAGGUCGGAGGUUCAUGUAGAUUUAAACCUGUGACGUCUCAUCAUGGCGGUUUUUAAUCUUCUGAUGAUCAGUUCAGAAUGUGCUUCAAAGAGUCGGCACAUGUUUUAUUAAGAGCUGGAUCUUAAUCCGCUGACUGAGCCCACCGAGACAGAACCGCAUCACGUCGUACUCUGUCCCCCCAAACUUUACAAACGUACCUAUCUUAAAAACACGCGGUCGUUAUCAGACCGGGUUCCAAACUCUCUCAUCGCCCUCUCUCUCUCCCUUGUUUUAAUUUGAAGAAAUCCUCCCUUUUGAAUUUAAUUUAUUAAUCUGAUUACCAGAUUAGAUCAUCAUGUAACCAAACAUGGAUCAAAUCCAGUCCUCUCAAAGCUUAGCUUCACCUCCUCCAGUCCACGAGCUGUCCUCCUUCCUGCUGACGCCUCACGCUCAUCGCCUCGAUCUGUCUUCCUAUCAUUUAGAUUCUUCUGUUCGGACGCUCGUAGAGAUCCCGCUCCGGGUCUUUGACUCUCUGCGUCCCCGCUCACGACGCCUCCCGAGGCCUCCUUUUGUCCCCUACAGGUGUAGGUGACACGGAGGCCUCUUCACAGGUGAAGUCAUCGAAGCCAUGAGCUUUUCUUUUAGAUGUUUACGUUGCUUUAUCGCACUCGUCUCUUUGACUUUGCCACGAUGUCUUGAAUUUCAGAGGAGAGACUUUCAGAUAUAAAAACCUCCAUGGAUCAAGACUCCGCUUUCUGUCCUGACCUUGUUUGCAGGGCUAAGUCUCGACUGAGAUCCCGAGCAGGAUGUUGCCAUCUCUUCUUCAGAUUCUGACCUGCAUUGAUUAGCCGCUAACACUAGAGGGGGCCCUCUGUUCUUAUCCCCCCCCCUGAGCCAGGCUCUGGCCCUCAUCCACAUGGUUUCAAAAGGCUGACUCAUGCCUUGUGUCUCUGGAGCCAACACUAUUAUCAUUUGUUUCUUGAUACUUAUUUGUUUAAAAAAGUAAUAAAUGGCUAAUCUAUAUACUUAACAUUUAAUUGUCGGUAAGAUAUAUGUGGUUCACAUUGUAAAAGAAAUAAAACCAUGAGUUGCAAUUGGAUUGACUAUGUUUCAUUAAAAAACAGUGUGUCAA